UUGAAUUCUUUUAAUAUCCACAAAAGAAUUUAGGACAAGGCUUAGGGAAAACGAAAGAAUUUGCUMUUCUCUGUSUUCAUUUGCCCUAUUUAAUUAUGACUUGACAUCAAAACAUUCUAUAGGUUAUGCAUGAGUCGAUUAAAAUACUUGCACCCCUCAGGGCCUUAGUUGUGGCAUUCACUUUUUUCUCAAGAGAAUAAUUGUGAAUGCCCCAGUUACAAGGGAAAAUUUAACAGGCGAAUCCCUGAAGGUACCCUGAAGGUACCCUGGGUACCAGAAGAGUGAUGUUCUCUUUCUUAUAGUUUAUUUACGUGGCUUAAGACAUAAAUAAGAAAGAGUAAAUCACGCCUCUGGUACCCACUUCUCUGAUUUGCCCUCUGGUAAAUCAUCAUCAUCAUCAUUCACCUGCAGAGCAGGCGACCAUAAUCCCUCUCCACUGCACACGGUUUUGACAGCAAUCUGGUCAGGCCGAAGAGAGCCAUCGCCGUCCCCCAGCCGCUGUUGAAUGUAUUUAAGAUGUUGGGAGAAGUUGUAUCUUGGUUAGCAUUGGGGGCAAGAAUAUCAUGUUGGAUUGUGGGAUGCAUAUGGGAUACAAUGAUGAACGGCGCUUUCCUGACUUUUCAUACAUCUCAAGGUCAGGUAGACUAACACAGCAUCUUGACUGUGUUCUAAUAAGUCAUUUUCACCUUGAUCACUGUGGAGCACUACCAUACUUCUCAGAGAUGGUUGGCUAUGAUGGACCUAUAUAUAUGACACAUCCCACUAAAGCUAUUGCACCCAUUCUGUUGGAGGACUACAGAAAGAUAACAGUGGAGAGGAAAGGAGAAACGAACUUUUUUACUUCACAGAUGAUCAAAGACUGCAUGAAGAAGGUUAUCCCUAUCAAUUUACAUCAAUCAAUCAAGGUUGAUGAUGAAUUGGAAAUCAAGGCAUAUUAUGCUGGUCAUGUGCUUGGAGCUGUGAUGUUUCAUAUGAAAGUUGGAACAGAGUCUGUAGUGUACACUGGAGAUUACAAUAUGACUCCAGAUAGACAUCUAGGUUCAGCAUGGAUUGAUAAAUGCAAGCCCAAUGUACUGAUAACAGAAUCAACAUAUGCAACAACCAUUAGAGACUCUAAAAGAUGUAGAGAACGUGACUUUCUCAAGAAAGUUCAUGACUGCAUUGAUAAAGGAGGAAAGGUACUUAUACCAGUGUUUGCCCUGGGAAGAGCACAAGAACUUUGCAUCCUCCUAGAAACAUACUGGGACCGUAUGAAUCUCAAAGCUCCAAUAUAUUUUUCCACUGGUUUAACAGAAAAGGCCAAUCACUACUAUAAGCUAUUUAUUACAUGGACAAACCAAAAGAUCAAAAACACUUUUGUCCAGAGAAACAUGUUUGAAUUUGAGCAUAUCAAGGCAUUUGAUCGCUCUUAUAUUGAUCAGCCUGGACCUAUGGUUGUGUUUGCAACACCUGGAAUGCUACAUGCUGGUCUUUCUCUUCAGAUAUUUAAAAAAUGGGCAUCUAAUGAAAACAACAUGGUUGUCAUACCAGGAUAUUGUGUUGCUGGCACUGUUGGUCACAAGGUUCUCGCUGGUCAGAAAAAAAUUGAACUGGACAAAAAGAAUGUGAUUGAUGUCAAGCUAUCUGUUCAGUAUAUGUCCUUCAGUGCUCAUGCUGAUGCAUCAGGAAUCAUGCAGCUUAUUCGUCAGGCCGAACCYAAAAGUGUUGUCCUUGUUCAUGGUGAAUCAGGAAAGAUGGAUUUCUUACGUCAAAAGAUAAUGCAAGAAUUUAAUAUACAGUGUUACAAGCCAGCCAAUGGAGAAUCAAUAGCCAUUCCCACCACGCCGAGUAUUACUGUUGACAUGGCAAUUAGCUUAUUGAAAAGAAAGAUUGAAUCUGUAGCAGGGCCUGAUGUCAAAAGAGCAAAACUCACUCCAAAUAACAACCAUUUACCACUGCAAGGGGUACUUGUAAUGAAAGAUAACUCAUUUCGACUAUUAGAAUCCGAAGAAGCCAUGAAGGAGCUUGGUCUUACACCGCACCAAUUGCGAUUCACAUCAACUGUUACCAUGGAAAUCACCGAGCCUAGUCACGUGAUUUUAGACAGAUUACACUCUCAUCUUGGAAGAUURCUACCAAACUAUACAAUACAGAGAGUAGCGGGUGGCUGUCUGUCGAUUGAUUCUGUGCUUGUCAAGUUAAGUGGAAGUGGUAGUGACGAUAGAACAGCAGUUCAACCAACCACGUGUAGUCUCCUGGUGUCUUGGGCUUUUCAGGACGAAGAGCUUGGAAGCCAUGUAUUAUCAUUGCUUCGUAGUCACAAAGAAAUUCUAUCAGCAGUGUCGGGAAGCAAAUCAGAUAGCUAGGCUGGUAAUUCUUGUAAUUAUUGCUCAAUCGACUAUCAGCAAGGGCGGAUCCAGGGAGGGCAAAGGGGGGCUGUAGCCUCUCCUUUGAGAUAAAAGGUAAACUGUCUUUUUAUUAUUAUUAUUUUCAAUGUUGUUUGUAACAAAUAAAGUCCAUUUAAAACUAUUUAGCCCCCUUUCCCCCCUUAAAAUUUCAGCUGGAUCCGCCCUUGAUAAGAAUGUUUCGCCAACUUUCACUAGUAAAAUGUAUUUAGUCGCAAUUGUUGUACAAUUCUCAAAAUGACAUUAUUAAAGCUCGCUUUACCGGUAGAUCAUAUUUUCUCGUCA